GGAACAUUUUACACGCGCACAUCGACAAUACGACAUUCCAUCAUGCCUCCUCGAACCAAAGUGCACGCCGCCGCAGGAGCAGCCGACAGCGAAGAUGAAUUGGACGUUCUCAGCACCAAUGCGCCCAAACGAGCGACUACAUCCACCGCGAAAAUGUCCAAGGCGAAGACGGCAGUCCGACGAGUGAGCGCGAGCAAGGCGGUCGCCACGAAGCGGAAAGCUGCGACGCGACAGCCCCGAACUGCGUUGAAGGACAAGACGAAUCUGCAAGAUGGCAAUGAGACGGAAGAAGUGGACGACUUUGACGCCGACGAUGCGGCCGUGAAGCCCAAGGCGAAGCGCGCAAAGACGGCAGCGACGCGCAACAAUGCAAAAGGCCCUCCGGAUGAGGUCGCUGCGAGAGAGCCCGUGAAGAAGGCAACGGGCGCGAAGCGAGGACGCCCCGCAAAGAGAGUACCUUCACCGGAACCCAUGGUCACCAUACCGGAGACACAGCCUGAUCCGCAGUACAUGGAAGAUGUAGAGCAGUCGAUUGAACUGGACCCCGAGAACAUGGACAUUGAGAGGGAGCCAACUCCGCCCCCAGCGCGCAAAUUCGCACAGCGCGCGCCUUCAGUACCGGUCCAGCCUCUGCUUCCACGGCCCAGUGCGCGUACCGAUCCCCUGCAGCCACGACCCAGCGGGCGCGCCGCUUCAGCCCAGCCAUCAUAUCCCACUGCACGAUCCAGAGAAGGGAGUGCGAACGCGCCCGAACGACGGGGCGGUGAUCCGGAGCUGCGCAGACUACUUCAUGACAUGACCAAGAAAUACGAGAACCUGCAUCUCAAGUACGAAAGCCUCGAGGACAUUGGGAAGAGAAGUGCAGAGAGCAACUUUGAGAAGCUGAAGCGAGCCAGUGAUCAAAAGGCCAAGGAUGCACAAGAGUUGAUUGCAGCGCUCAGGAAGGAGCUUGCGGAAGCAAAACAGUCGUCCUCGUCGGCAUCGUCAGAAACCACGGGCAUGCAAAAGCAAAUCACGAACCUGGAGGCUACCAACGAAAAGACUAGCGCAGAAUGCAACGCGCUCAAGGAGAAGCUCAAGGUGUCGGAGAACGAAGUCAAAUCAUUAGAAGCGAAAUUGAAUGCGGCACGGCAACAGAUUUCGAACACGGCACAGGAGACGAAGAUGCUCGAGGCAGCUGCCAAGAAGAAUAGCAGCAUAUCUGUUAAUCAGUCCGAGUCACAAAAGGAGGCCAAGAUGAAGGAGAACCUCUAUGCCGAUCUGACCGGCCUCAUCAUCAGCGGUGUGAGGCGACAUGAGGGCGAGGAUGUGUAUAACUGCAUACAAACAGGCAGGAAUGGGACGCUGCAAUUCCACCUUUCGGUCGGCAACGAUGCUACGACUCCCAACCCCAAGACGCCUUCUGGUCUGAGCCACGAAGAGGCCGAAUUUGCAUACGAGCCGGUACUGGACGAGAGCCGCGAUCGAGAAUUGCUGGAGCUAUUACCAGACUACCUGAGCGAGGAAAUUUGCUUUCCGCGCAACCAUGCUCAGCGCUUCUAUGGCAAAGUGGUUGAAAGCAUGACGAAAAAAAUUGUCGUCGAGGACGAUUGAAGUCGGUAUCCAUCACACGGUUACUGUUUGUUGGGUAUGGAGGGAGAAGAAGUAGAAGGACUACGGGUCAGCACGGGAGUUGGACGAGAGCUCAGGUAUGCAAGGAAUCACGACGACAGGCGGAAGCACGGCAUGAUUUGUGGCGUCAAUGUUUUCGGUGUUUUGUUUGCCGCUCGUUUCAUUUCCCUUUUUUCUUUUUGAGAAUUGAGAUACCUCCUAGAAUGCGAUUGUUUCGUCACCAGGACUCUAGACUCGAGUACUUCUUUGUAAC